AAAGAAAAAAAGAAACGUUCGACAAGGAUUUCUCGAGCACGACUGACCAUCGCGACCGUCGUACUCUCACCUGUGCCGAAUGUACCGUGUAUCGUGCACACCGUGUACUCUUCUCUCGUGAAACGGCUGUGUGCCUUCGCUCGCGCAGUAUCGAUUCGCGGGCGGCUGGUUUACAACCGGCGUGCACGCUGUGUGUCGCGUCCACGCUGGCAGUGGACAUCCGACUGCAGACGCGUGUGUUGGCCUGCACGGUGCACAGUGAUAACGAACUACGCACACAGAAAAACGAACCCUAUUUACAUCCCGAUGCGUUGAAGAAGAUGCUAACGCCGAGACGUUCGGGACCAAUCAGUCCCGAUGAGAUCGGCAAUGUACCUGACGCGAAGGAUCCCGGCCCCACAGGAAGUGGUUCGGUGACUCCAGGCUCGUAUGAAAACGGCGAAGGGGCGAAAGAGUUCCUCACGACCGGAAGAACUGGCAGAAGGAAUGCCUUGCCGAAUAUUAUGGGACGUCACGCCGAAACCGGAAUAUUAGACUUGCCGGACCGUUUCGACGAGCUUUCCACGAAUACAGAUCAGCCUAAUAAUGGACAAGAUCCGAACGCACCGAGUACAUCGAAACAGGGCUGACGCGACUCUGGGUAAACAGCAUCAAAAGGGAAAAGGUAUUAUUUGAAGUUUCACGAAGGGAAAUACCGCAACGCCAUCGAUAUUCCGAUCGACAUCGAACUUUUGCAGCGCUGAUGAUCGUAGAACUAUUUCGACGCCUAUGGAGCACGGUCAGCUCGUUGAAGAUGUGCGCACGCAAAUAUCAUUGCUAACGUUGCCUUUCCCUAUUUGGAUGUUGGUGCGUCCUCGACUUACGUAGGCAACUUGUAUUUAGCGAAGGCUAAAUCUCAAAGGCACGUGGAUAAUAUUCAUUGAAAUAACACGCGAUGAUAAGUUGUUACGGACUCUAACUCUGGGAUAACAAUCUAGAUUUCUGGUGGGUCGUUGUUGUAAAUACGUUGUAUUCUUUUUUUUUUUUAACAUAGUAGUCGGAUUCUCUUCAAGUCGUGUGCAAUAAAUCUUUCGUAUCGAAGUCAUCUUUAUAAGCAUUUGUAAUGCGUACGACGAACGUCCGAUGGCAUUUAUUUGAUUACGGUUCAUGACUACGAUUGCCUGUUCUCCGUAAGAAACGUACGCAUUGUGAUCGAACAUCGUCGCUCUAAGAAUUAAUAAUUUUCUGUUGUCAGCGGGAGAGCGUUCGCAUAGCGUAAUUGUAACAUUUUUUAGAUAGAAAUCCGUAUCGAAUCGAGACAUCGAAAGGUGUCGGGUGAAACGAGUUCCCGUGCACUUUACUGGAAUCAUUUCAGGGCUGUGUCAUUUUUCAUUCGAUAGUGAUAAAUGAGUAGUUCUCGUUUACGUUAUUUCAUUUAGAUACAUGGAAUUUAUUAUUGUAGGUAGGAAAAAUGUAAAUAAAUGAUGUUCGUUUCGUAAUAGGUAAAUUAGGCUUGUGAAAUAACAACAAGAAUCAAGCCUGCUCUUGUAUCAAUUUUGAUAUCGUAUACAGGGUGGUCCACCUAAACUAGGCCACCUGAAUAUUUCUUCCAAUUGUAACGAUAGAAAAUAUAUUUUUUUUGUGAAAUUCGAAUGAUACGAAUGAGCUAAUAAACUGCAACAAAUUUUUGUUCUUUAUUUUCCAGGAUUUCAAAGUUACAUGUUUUUCCUCUCAUAAGUGCAUAUCUUUUUCUGUCGUAUUACAGUGAAAUGAUAUUUUACAAAACGAAUUAGCCAAUUCAUAUUGCGUAUAAAUUAUUUUCUGCGCCAUCCCAAUUGAGAAAGACAUUCAGGUAGCCUAGUUUAAAUGGACCACCCUGUAUUAAUGAUAUUUUAUGUUAUUAUGUAUCAUCAAUGGAUAUACUUGUUGUGGCUUUAAGGACUCCCCGCAUUUACGUUUCCAUUGUACAGGAAAUCUCAAUGUCGGAUGACAUCGAUAUUGGCAAAGGUGAAACUCUUCUAGCCGAUAUUGUUGAUACAUGUUCCAAUAAUAAAUGUUAAAUGUGUAAGUAAAAUAACGCGAGGGUUGUUCGUUUAUCCAUUUCGGAGUCGAAAUUACACCACGCUGAAGGAAUUCUAGUAAGGUGUACAGAGACGUUAUCGACUAGCUGUACAUAAGUAGUUCAUAAACGUGUUGCACAUUCUUGAACAUGUUUAAUUUUGUUUGAUCAUUUUGGGGAUGCUUCCAAAUGUAUCACGCAUGAUCUUCACAGCCUAAUUUCGACGUUUAUACAUUGUUAUAAUUUGUAUAGAAUUCGUGGUAUAUUCGCACACGAUGUAAAUAAAUCUUUAAGGGCAUAUUCUAAGUAGAAAUGGAUCUACUAGUAAAUACGUUUGCAAAUACAAAUCUUUUUAUUGCUGCAGACAGAGUAAACAAAACUUUGAUCUAUCCUUUUAUAAAUUUAUGAAACUCGCAUAACCAAAUGGGCGGUCAUGAUUUUUACGUUUCAUCGAAUUAUUUUUCCCCUGGACAAUUAGUAUCCCAAACAUGUUUCAAUUGCGUUCAUAAAUGUAACAAUGGUACAAAUAGGAGUCGUUGGUUAGGACUAAGUUAAUUCUGUGUGUGAUCUAUGAUAAAACGAAACGAUUCUAGAUUCUUGUAAAUAUAAGCUUAUUAACAGUAAGUUGUUCGUUAUUAUUUGAAUUAGGGUAUUAAGUGAGAUUAUCCUGAAUUAUAUUACGAUAGUGUCGUUACGCAACUACUUAAUUUUCUAAAAAGGAAUUGUACAGUAUUUCAUCUAAACAGAAAAUGGUUAUCUUAAAUAAUUUUUCAUUCGUUGUUUUGAAAAAGAAAAGAAAAGAAUACGUUCCAUUUAAGGAGGUUCAUUGAACGACAGGAUUUUAUAUUUACGAAUAUAUUAAUGCACAUGUGCCAAUCACGUGGAAAUAAAACAAUACACUUGUCAAUAAUAAGAA